AUGUAUACCACGGCAGCUUCGAUCCCCAGCGAAUUUCCUUUGACGGAUGCCGAAGAAGUAACGCGAAGUUUCGACGUAGACGCGAGGAAAACGUAUCCGGAAGCGGCCAAGCGUGAUUUCUGCCCGUUCAGAUUCCGAUGGUCCUUCGGGAUUAAUCCAGCAGUGCCGAUUGUUAAUCUAACUACGGACAAUCGCACGUCAUUGGCGUACGCCUGCUCGCACAUGGCCGUGAUGUACGACUACAGCUCGGAGGAAGUAUCGCCGCUUCAAGGCCACCAAAAUGCCGUGAGAACAUUAUCGACCACGCGCGAUGGCGAGUGGCUACUGACGGCUGAUUUUGAGGAGGAUUGCACGGUGGUUGUCUGGAGCACAGAGAAAAGGCAAAUACUUCUUGGGGAGACAGUAAAAAAAUUUAAUCGUGGAAAUUACGCGUUAUUUUCAUGCCGAUUGACGUGUUACUUCAAUACGGGUUUUUUGAGCGCAAUCAUUGAAAUACGCAGAGCUCCCGUUUACACCUUAUUCCACCCGCAUGGAAACGAAAGUAUGACAGCUGCUCGUAUCAGUCCGAAUGCUAAGUACGUAGUCACCGUCGGCAACGGAAAGUGCCAGGACGUUCAUUUCUGGUUGCGUGACGAGGACAAACCAAACGCGUCAAUCUCGUUGACCGACACAACGUCCGAGCGCGUGAAGGAAGUAAUCUUCAACGACGAGUGUCCGGAACAAUUUGCAUUGACGACCGAUUAUCACGUCUUGUUUCUAACUUGGGACGGCGACGCUUUGAACUACAAUUGCCCCAAAGUAUCGGCGAAACUUCGACGUACCGGAAUCUUCAACGGAUCUUGCUACGUUUCGAAAGUGAAACAAGUAUUCACAGCGACUGCAAACGGAUGUAUCUUAAUAUGGGGCGACGUUCCUCCAGAGGGAAAGCGCGAGACCGACGAUCCCAGUUACAGGAGGAACCAAAGGAAGAAGCACAUCAAGACUGUAGAUUUACAGAAAUGCAAUAUCACCGUCAUCACCGAUUACGAAGACAUGCUCGUUACGGGGAACUCGGACGGCCGUAUCGCUUUCUACGAUUAUCAAUUAAGACUUCUGUAUUGGUACAAGAACUGCGAUCUUGACUGCAUUCGAUGGAUAAGCUUCGAUCUUCGAUCUGAUCUGCGAGCUUCGACGAUUGAAAAGCCGAGUCACCCGCCGACGGACGCUACUCUGCACUGCUCGCCGUUCAACGUCCAAACUUUUCUCGCUUGUUCUUGUACGGGAAUAAUCGCUUUGAUAGAUAUUCCGAAGCAGAAAUAUUAUUCCGUGUUGCGCCACUCGGUUGUGGCCGCGACCAGUUUGGACGCUAAUCCAGAAAGCAACCACGUCGUUGUGGGGGACGCACAGGGCACUGUACGCCUGUACAAUCACGAAGAACUCGUCCUGAUCACUUCCAGGAGCACUUUAGACUUCCAACCGAUUCUCGAGGAACAGAUAAUGAGCGGAAAUGUCGCUUUUGUCACGUGCCCGCAAACCCACGAGUCAUUAAGAGCCGUCACGGCUGUAAAAUUUUCGCCAAGAUGCGAUAUGCUGACGUGCGGUUUGGAAAAUGGGGCGCUUUGGAUCCUGCAUCACAUUACCCUAGAUUUAUUGAACGAAACACCGUACAAGCACUCUGCCACGGCCAUUAAUAAAAUCACCUUCACGCAGUGUGCCGGAUACAUGGCUUACGCGGACAAUGCGCUGACGGUGGUGGUAUUUAAAAGGAGCAACACCGCCUCCACGGGAAACACGUGGGACUUGAUCGGAAAACAUCACUCGCAUUAUCUGCCCAUCAGGGACAUACUUUUCGGGCUUUCGGGCCACGUGUCUGACUCCAAAACACCACGGUUCUUCUCCUUGGGAGAGGAUCAAGAACUCGUCGAGUACGAUCUCGAGCACAGCGGGCCUUAUCCAGAGCCAGGGCUCAAGAUCUUGCACAUCAAGCGAAUCGAGCACACCGCCACUCCUCUCUGCUUAGCGCGGUACCCCGGCAACGGGAAUAUCUUCGUGAUCUCAAACUCCGAGGUUCUAACAGAUGAACUGGUGGACGACAAAGGCUACAUGGUGUUUGCUACCGACAGGGAAAUCGGUCUUCAGCUUCUACCUCUCGACGGUAAUCCUUACAAGAUCCACAGUAUGACGGGUCAUCCGCAAAAAAUAAUGGACAUCUCCGUCAGCAGCAAUAAGGAAAUCAUGUUUACCAUAGGCUACAAUGACCCGUGUGUCUUAAUAUGGGAAAUCAAUUUCAAUUCUGUUGACAUAGUGGCGCGAUCGGGCGGCCGAGGUAUCUCACCUUACCAUUGUCUCAUCGAAGGUGGAGAAAAAGGAUGGCUGAUGAAUGAGAUGAAAGAUCUGUUUGACUACGCCCAGAUCUUGCAUCAAGGAGAGUACACAACCGUUGCUAGAGUCAUUACCGACACUGUGACCGUCGAGAGGAUUCCGAAUCUUAUGCGAGCUGUCGGAUAUUAUCCCAGCAAUGAAGAGGUGAACCGUUGUCUCUUCAGGAAGCACACGCGUGUCUCAGACUGUUCGCGCCGUUCGAUAAGGAAACGAGCGAAACCGAGCAGCCGUCAUUCGACUCGAAGAUUCUUCCAGCGAGAAUAUCUUACAAAGAUUUCGCCAUGGACAUCAUGGGUGUCGAAUUGCCGGAGGGAGAAAACUAGGGCUGACAAAUCGAGGGAUCAGCGCGACUUUCGCAUCGUCGGUACUCUAAGAGGCGUUUAUCGGCUAUCGUACCGCUGUGUAACGCGAGCUGCAUUAUCGGAACGCAAGCAAUCCACAAAUAAAAAACAAUGACAAACUGCGACCUCGGUUUUCCGCUAGUAGAGUUUGGAUGAAGAUUAUAUAAGAGAAGCGCUAGGAAGAAACGCGGGCGAAAUUGCCGUCGACGUGUUCGUGUUUCGUUCGUUGUCCGUUCUCUCACGACUGAUGCAAAAGGAUACAAAGGACGGAUACAACGAAACUCGAAAGAAUCGGAUGUGAGAGAGCGCGACGAAUCGCACUCCUCGCGUCCUCGUCUCCGUAAUACUGCUCGGUGGAUAUUUGUGAACUUUUCCGGCGUCCCCUCGUACUUUUGUGAUUGCCGCGCGCGUUGAACGUCUCUGUGUGUGUGUGUGUGUGUAUGUUAUGUGUAUAUAUAUAUAGAUAUAUAUUUAUAUAUUUGUGCAUACAAUAAUCGGUGAUAUGCCUGAAUCAAACCGUGGCGGCGGCUCGUCGAGGAGGAAGCGGAGGGUUUACGCACGCAAAGAGGAGCAGAUUUUCAGUUCUGCGAGCGCACGAAAGUGCUCCGCACAAAGCCUCACUUAAAAAGCUCCCCCUUUAUGCCUACGCGCCCCCUACCACCCCCUUUCCGACGAGGGCCGCGUCUUGAUUCUCUCGCAUCACUGCGCGCUGCACACACAUAUAUUUUAUACACAUAUAUCUAUAUAUGCGAUAUCGUUUAAUCAAUUGAUUGUACAUUAGCGUCCAGAGGUUGGUGCUCGCUCACCUUCUUGCCGAUUUGUUACAACUCUUGUCUUUACGCUGAUACGUUAAUAAGAAAAUUAGUCUCGGCGGCUACGACUCUAUUAUCGCUCUAUCGUUCGGGUUCUCUUUCUCUCUCUCUCUCUCUCUCUCUCUCUCUUAAUGUGGCACAAAACUGUCCGUAGUUUUCGAAAAAGGACGUCGUCGUUUCGCUCAAAAAAUAUCCUUCUAUUUUUUUUCUUUUUUUCGACAAUACGAGAUAGACUAGAAGCAAGAAAAGAUUCGCCUCUCGAGAAGUACAUCGCUUUGAGAAAGCGUUGAAAGGGUGAUGGUGAUCCAAAAAAAAAGAAAUAACGUCUCAAUAACGACUAAUCAAUCAGAGAACGUGGUGCAAACUUAACGGGUCUUCGAUUAAAAAAUUUAGAACGGUUUAAUCGUGACUUAAAAAAAAAAAAA